AUGUCCACUGGCGGCAGGUUCAACUUUGACGAUGGGGGGUCAUACUGCGGAGGGUGGGAGGAGGGCAAGGCGCACGGCCACGGGAUCUGCACGGGACCCAAAGGCCAGGGCGAGUACUGUGGGUCCUGGGCCCAUGGCUUCGAGCUGCUGGGCGUCUACACUUGGCCCAGCGGUAACACCUACCAGGGCACCUGGGCUCAGGGCAAGAGACAUGGAGUGGGUGUUGAGAAUAAAGGCCGCUGGGUGUACAAAGGCGAGUGGACGCACGGCUUUAAGGGACGAUAUGGAGUACGGGAGAGCACCGGGACGAGUGGGAAGUACGAGGGGACGUGGAACAACGGGCUGCAAGACGGAUACGGAACAGAGACGUACUCAGAUGGAGGAACAUUUCAGGGUCAGUGGGUUGGCGGGAUGCGGCAUGGCUACGGAGUUCGUCAGAGUGUCCCAUACGGCAUGGCGGCCGUCAUCCGCUCCCCGCUCCGUACCUCCAUAAACUCUCUCCGCUCCGGUUCGGAGCACAGCAACGGUACCGCUCUGCUGGACCGGACCGGGGCGGUGGUUCCUGGUCCUCCUCCGGUUCCCGGCACUCUGACCACCAGCGUCUCCAUGUGCAGCACGGGCAGCAGCGGCAGCAGCCCCGCCGUGUCUCGUGGAGGUUUCGUGUUGAUGGCACACAGCGAGGCUGAGCUGCUGAAGGGGAAGAGGAAAGGCGGGCUGUUCAGGAGGUCCAUCCUGUCCGGGCUCAAGCUCAGGAAGUCAGAGUCCAGGAGCUCUCUGGCCUCACAGAGAUCUAAACAGAGCUCAUUCAGGAGCGAGGCUGGGAUGAGUACCGUGUCCUCUGCUGCAUCUGAUAUCAACUCUACCAUCAGUCUCGGAGAUGCAGACGCAGAGUUGGCUGUCGCCGAUGACGACGUGGAUGCCACAGCGACGGAGACCUACUGCGGAGAGUGGAAGAAUGACAAACGGACAGGAUUCGGUGUGAGCCGGCGGUCCGACGGGCUGCAGUACGAGGGGGAGUGGCUCAGCAACAAGCGACACGGCUACGGCUGCACUACGUUUCCUGAUGGCACGAAAGAGGAAGGGAAGUACAAGCAGAACAUCCUGGUCAGCGGGAAGAGGAAGAACCUGAUCCCCCUGCGGGCCAGUAAGAUCAGAGAGAAGGUGGACCGGGCCGUGGAGGGAGCACAGAAGGCCGCCGACAUCGCCCGACAGAAGGCUGAGAUCGCUCUGUCAAGGACGGCCCAUGCACAGGGUAAAUCAGAGGCAGCGGUGGGAGCAGCUCAGAAAGCCCAGGAGGAGAGUCGUAUGGCCCGGGUCACCGCCAAGCAGUUCUCCCCUUCCUUCCAGCACCCAGGAAAUGGUAUGGAGGUGCAGCGUCCCAAACGUCAGGUGUCCAGCGAGGUGGAGGGUGAGGGGUUGUCGAGUAGCGCUGGCACAGCCGACAGUCCCGAUCUUUACGUGAAGAGUGUGGCCUCUGACGACCCCUCUAACGACGCUGCCACCCCUGACCUCAGCCCCCCUUCAUCCUCGCCUCCUCACACCCCGCCUCCCCCUGCCCGGCCAACCCAGCGCAGCAAGAGUGCCCGCUUCCACCGGCAGACUGCUGUGGACCACGGAGACAGGGGAGGGAAGACAGAGAUCCAGGUGUUGAUGGAGGGAGGUAGCGGAGGAGGUGAAGGCAGUGGAGGAGGAGGAAAGGGGGAGUACCCGCGAGCCAAUAGCUGGAGCGAGGACAAGAGGAGAGGGAUGUUGUCAAAAGGAGGAGGUGGGGUCAGUGGACGAGGAGCGAGUCGGACCAACGGACACAAACACAGCUCCUCCAAUCACAAAUCACGGGAGCACGGCUCAUCCAAUCACAGACAGGCCAGAGGGGACAGGUGGACGGAGUCGUCCUCAUCUGCCUCCUGGACGUCCGGGCACAGGGGUGUGCACGGCAGGGGAGGUCGGCUGCUGGAGCAGGACGAGGAGAAAAUUAGCAACUACGAGAUGGAGAUGAAGCCUUUACAGCCCAGAGACUCCACUACCCAUAAGCCCCAUGGGCACGGGGAGGAGAGGCACGGGCACAGUCACGCUCACGGAGAGGGGCGCUCACACGCUGUGCAGCGACAGAGACACAAGAACCGUGAUGGGAGGGAAGGGAGGGAAGGAAGAGAGGGGAAAGAGGGGGGUAAAGACUCAGUGCACAAGCUGGACAGACCGGGGGAGAAGAUGGAUUCACGGCCUCUGCGCCGGGACCUCACCCUCUCCCCCCCUCUGAAGUCCUCACCCAUCACACCGGAGCAGCAGGACCACAGCCUCACGCAGAGCAAAGGCAGCUCGGCCUACAGCUCUAUCCUGGUUGCCAUGGUGAUUCUGCUCAACAUUGGAGUGGCUAUUUUAUUUAUCCACUUUUUUAUUUAAAGACAGCACUGCUUUCAGAGUCGGCCUAUCUAUGCUACAACAACUAUAAAUUCAUAUGAGUAUUAUGACAAACCUGCUGCCCCUUCGUGUUCCUGGUGAGAGGACUGACCUGGCUCGAGAAAGACUAGCACCAAGGAGGGUUCCACCAUCACUUGGGCUAACGGUGGCUAACCCGGGGCUAACCUUGGAUAAGCUUGGUCCAGUUGUUGUAGUGACAGAGAUGCUAAAGUGCGUAGCCCAAAGAAGUGGACGAAAGAGGGGUGAACCAGUCCAGGAAACCGGAUCAGAGGGAGAUAAUAUAGUCCAGAAACCGGACUCAAGUGGGCUGAAGCGGUCUGAUUCUCAGGCCAUGAGAGAUGCAGCUGGCAUUACAGCAAGAUGUCUGCUUCCACUGUCUACA